UGUGCUCUUUGAGACCCGUCGGAGCCGAGGCCCAUCUCCAGCGCUCGGCAGGAGCUGCUCUGCACGCAUCGUCCCCUCAUCCUCGUGCCUCUCCAGUUUGCCUUUCCGUUCCUCUCCGUAAUUCCCUAGCAGCUAUGAGCAGCCUGAAGGCAAUCUGUCAUGGUCUUCCUCUCCACCCCUUGCCCGCAAACAGAGGUCGGAGGAAAGGAGUCCCCCAUGCGCCGGUGCGAACCCCUCAGCUCACUGCUCAGGAGGAAAAGCUGGCUUUGCGUAAUGCCUUGCGUUAUUUCCCACCCGAAAUACAAAGGAUACUAGCAGCGGAAUUUGCCGAGGAACUCAGGCUGUAUGGACAUAUAUAUAUGUACAGAUUCUAUCCAGAUAUUGAGAUGAGGGCGUAUCCCAUAGAAGAAUAUCCUUGCAAGACCAAAUCAGCUGCUGCUAUUAUGCUGAUGAUCAUGAAUAAUCUGGAUCCCUCGGUGGCUCAGUUUCCCCAGGAACUUGUCACUUAUGGAGGAAAUGGUCAGGUCUUCAGCAACUGGGCGCAGUUCUGGUUGGUCAUGCACUAUUUGUCUGAGAUGACCGAAGAGCAAACAUUGGUGAUGUACAGCGGGCAUCCUCUGGGACUCUUUCCCAGCCAUCAGUCUGCUCCUCGAUUGAUCAUUACUAAUGGCAUGGUUAUUCCCAACUAUUCAACUAGAGAUGAAUAUGAGAAGAUGUUUGCUUUGGGAGUAACAAUGUAUGGUCAGAUGACUGCAGGGAGCUACUGCUACAUUGGGCCCCAGGGGAUAGUCCAUGGGACUGUGCUCACGGUGCUGAACGCAGGCCGGCGCUACCUGAAAGUGGAAGACCUGUCUGGAAAGGUGUUUGUUACCUCUGGUCUUGGAGGGAUGAGUGGGGCUCAAGCGAAGGCUGCAGUCAUUGCUGGGUGCGUGGGGAUCAUCGCAGAGGUUGAUGAAGCAGCACUUUUGAAACGUUACAAGCAAGGGUGGCUGAUGGAAAUCUCUAAUAACCUGGACCACUGCAUUGCUCGCCUCAGAGAUGCAAGAAAAAAUAAAAUUGCCCUUAGUUUGGGUUACCAUGGGAAUGUGGUAGAUCUGUGGGAGAGGCUCGUGUAUGAGCUGGACACAACUGGAGAGCUGCUAGUCGAUCUGGGAUCUGACCAGACUUCAUGUCAUAACCCAUUCAGCGGCGGAUACUACCCGGUUCAACUCAGCUUUGAGGAAGCAAAGCAGCUCCUGUCCACUAGUCCGGGGAAGUUCCGAACUCUGGUACAAGAAAGUUUGAGGAGACAAGUGGCUGCUAUUAACAGACUAGCUGAUAAAGGCAUGUUUUUCUGGGAUUACGGCAACGCUUUUCUUUUGGAAGCUCAGAGGGCUGGUGCUGAUGUUGAGAAACGAGGAGCCAAUAAAACAGAAUUCCGAUAUCCUUCCUACGUGCAGCACAUCAUGGGGGACAUUUUUUCCCUGGGAUUUGGCCCAUUUCGCUGGGUUUGCACCUCAGGUGACCCACAGGACCUUGCCACCACUGACUCAAUCGCCAUGUCUGUGCUGGAGGACUCCAUACGUAGGGGAGUGAGCGCGUCUGUGAGGCAGCAGUACCACGACAACAUCCGCUGGAUCCGGGAAGCUGGUAGGCACAGCUUGGUUGUUGGUUCUCAAGCUAGAAUCUUGUACUCUGAUCAGAGAGGUCGUGUGUCUAUAGCCGUGGCGAUUAAUCGAGCGAUAUCUGAAGGGAAGAUUAAGGGUCCUGUUGUCCUCAGCCGAGAUCACCACGAUGUGAGUGGGACCGACAGUCCUUACAGAGAGACGUCAAACGUUUAUGAUGGAUCAGCCUUCUGCGCAGACAUGGCAGUACAGAAUUUUGUAGGAGAUGCGUUCAGAGGAGCUACCUGGGUUGCCUUGCACAACGGUGGUGGUGUUGGCUGGGGUGAAGUGAUCAAUGGGGGCUUUGGCCUUGUUUUGGAUGGGUCUGCGAAGGCUGAAGAACGAGCUAAAAUGAUGCUCAGCUGGGAUGUUUCCAAUGGAGUUGCCAGACGCUGCUGGUCGGGCAAUGACUACGCUUAUGAAACCAUCUGCCAAGCAAUGAAGGAGAACGUCACGCUGAAGGUGACGCUGCCUCACAAGGUGGCAGAUGAGAGCAUCCUGGAGCAAGCCUUGCAACACUAAUGGUAUUCCACAUGCAAUACUGUCCAUGCAGGCACACUUUGAAGUUGCUUCCUUGAUAUCCAUCCUUGGUAUCUGGCUACAUAAAACCCUUGCACAUGUCUCCUCCAAAGGAAGUUACUUUUUUUUUCCUUUAAAUCGUAAGUAGGGCAGACAUGAAUCUCUAUGCAACAGAACUAAGUCCACUCAUGUCAGGAGCAUAUUUGGAAUGAUAUUUACAGUAAGGUACUAUUCACUGUAAAGAAAGGAACUGAAGUUCAUCCCUGAUAAUUAGACUUUAUAAAAAAUAUCUACUUAGGUUUGGCAGAUCAGUUGUAGAAUUGGAAACUGGAACUCUCCAUCCUAAUUUGGAGUCUGCUGCUAACAGCAAAUAGCCAUGAAAUCCAGCUGCACAGGGCGUGGGAGAAAAGACUUGUGGAAUUAAUCUUCAGAUGAUGGUGUAAUGAUGUCACAUGUGCUAGAUACAAACUUUUCUGUACUGCCGUGACAGUGAUU